AUGACUCAUAAUGAGAGUCGUGCCAAUGACAGCAUGUUGUCGUCAUUUAAUAAUUCCGACAGGCUAGACCUAUUGAAUGCGCGGUAUGCGUCGACAUUACUGCCGUUAACGAUAGUGCUAGGAUUAUUCGGGAUUGUAGGAAUCGUGGGGAACGUGUUGGUGUUCAUAGUGUACGGAUGCGGGAAACAAUUCAAGGAUCAGAAAUUUAGAUACUAUGUGUCGUUUCUCGCCUUGAUAGACCUCGUAACGUGUAUGACCUUAAUUCCAGCGGAAAUGCUCAAACACCAACAGUACUUCAACUUUACUGGGAGCGUUUGGUGCAAGAUAAAAUGCUUCUUUAACGUGUUUGCAGCGGCCGCUGCGUCCUACUGUCUCGUUCUGGUCGCAAUAGACCGGUACAUGCUCACGUGUCGCCCAGUGGUGUUCUGUAAGGUACGGAGCAUUUCACACGGUCUUGCAUGGCGUAUGUGUCUCAUCAUGCUGUUUCUAGCCGUCCUGACCUCACUUCCGUCCUGCAUUCUUUGCGGAAUAACGUCGGACGUAUUGAGGCUAAGCGACGACCAAACGAUUUUCAUCAAUGUGUGUGAGAUUGAGCCGUACUUCGAAUACGGAAUCUCGAGAUACGUUUAUCGAAUAACACUGUUUAUUCUGCAAGUUACAAUAUCCGUGAUCAUGAUCGUUCUCUACGCGCGUAUCGGACUAGAAGUGUGGAAAGCUAUGCGGAUCCGAGGUGCGCAUGGCGUGGAUUUAACCGCGCUGAGCCACCACCACCACAACCACGCACAACAGCCUUACCAACGGGCCUUUGUCCCAGCCGCCGACAUCCAGCGCCACCAGCCUCCUCAUCAGAACAUACCCAGUAACUUGAAGCUCCUGUUCAUAGUGACGGUGAUCUACAUCGUAACGUACAUGUUCUAUUUGGCGCUCUCUUGGGUGGACCAGACGCGCCUAUCCCAGACUCAGUUCUUCGCGUUCUCAGUUUUCUUCAGGGCUUACUUCAUUCACAGCAUUAUCAAUCCGCUACUCUAUCUGAAAAUGGACACACUCUUCCGCCGGCGGUUCAAGAAGAUUUUUUCAACGGCGUUCCCAUGUACACGAUGA